AUAAUCUGUUUGGAGGCGCGCAAAACUGUUCUUUGGCGCAAUGUUUCUUCCAUAGUUUUAAAAUAGCAAAAAUACGGUUUUGAUCCAAUUUGACUUUAUCAAAUAAGUUUGUUUUUUUAGUAAAGUGCAGAUUUUAAAGUAAUUAUGAAUAACGACAGUUUUCAACUGCACUCGACCCAAUUUACACCGUUAAAAAACAAACGUUCUAGACUUUUACUACCCAGAGAAGAUACGUUAAAUCUAUCGUCGAUAUUAAAUGAUACAUCUAUUUCAAGACAAUUAAACGAUACCAGUUUAAGACAGAUUUUAGAUGAAUCUGCUACUGUUGUGAACGUUGGAAAUGCUGGCGUUGGAUUAAGUGAAGCUUUCUUUAAUAUAAUACAAUCGAGCCGCCACAGCGACGUCUUACAUACAUUACAGAGGUUAGCUCAAGUUUGUUAUGAGUCUUUGGAGCUUGUGGAACCAUGGAAUAGAUAUAAUGCGCAAAAUUAUUGGCUAGCUGAAGAAGCUAACACGUGGAAACUUCUAUAUUGUUUGUAUGCGGAUACACUAGCAGAGCAUCCAGAAUCACUUGACAGUUUGAUAACUGAUGUAACUUUGUCGCAGCAGACGUUAGUCGACGCUCUAUUUAAAACCGAUUCGGAACUGCGACUUAUGCUUUUGCUGGUCAAUUGGCUUGAAACUACUGCAGCUUACCAAGAAGAGGCAACAAAGACCUCUGCAACAGUAGUAGGGAAUGAUAUACAUUGGGGAAACACUCUUCAUGAGCUACUUAUUGGGAAUAGUUUGUUUAAUAAGGAGAAAAAUACAGCUAUGGUGACUUGUUUGGAUCCUGAUGCACCAAGACGUCAAAAGAAAACUAUUCACUCAGAUGAUCAGAAGGAUGAUAAUGAUUUAUGUAAGCGAGUUUUCACAGAAGUGAGAUGUGGUAACUUUGAAAAGGCAGUGUCUCUUUGUAUCAAUGCUGGUCAAGCUUGGAGGGGUGCUGCACUGCAAGGCUGGAGCUUGCUUCAUUAUUUACCAAGAGAAAAUUCAAAUUCUCCUGUAGAAAUAGCUGGAAAUCCAUCUAGAGACCUUUGGAAAUGGUGUGCUUUAGGAAUAGCUAAUAAUGUUACAGAAAAUAUGCAUUAUCGAGCGACAAUAGCAAUUCUGUGUGGCUCUUUAGCAAGUGCUAUUCCAAUCUGCCAAGGAAAUUGGGAAGAUUUGCUUUGGGCACAUCUCCGGGUACAAAUUGUUGCACGAGUGGAUAAAUUCUUACAUGAGCAUCAUGCCACUGCUGAAGCGAAUACUACUACUACAGACGUAAUGGAUUUGUUACAAAAAGAACUGCAUUUAGAUGAAAUGUCUUUGCAGCAAAUAUUCAGUGCUAUUAAAGCACUUAUGAAUGGUAAACGAGAAUCAAAUUAUCAGAUUUGCCAGAGGUAUCUGAUGCUAGGUAAUGUAAGAGCAAUAAUGCAAGAUUCCUUGAAUUGGCUGGAGAAUGGUGAUGAACGAUUUGUCAGAUUCCUUGCGCAUUUGGUUCUGGUAUUGAGACUGAUGGGCAAGGACCCACGUCAUGAUAUUGGAGAUAAUGUAUUGGAGAAAUAUGUCACUCAGCUGGUGAACACACUCAUUACUGGAUCAGAGGAAAGUCCAGAACUUAUAGCUUAUUAUACUUCAACACUGCCAAGUUCUAGACAAGUACAUUUAUAUGCAGAAUUUAUGGAUAAAAUAUACAAAAGUAAUUUCAGAGAAGGUGUUGUCAAAGCUGGCAUUAAUGCAGGGUUGGAUGUAGCUGCAUCAGCCCGACUAGCUAUUUUAAAGAGUAUAGCUGGAAUUCAAGAAGGUUAUGGUGAUAUUGAAAUGUCCCUAAAUCAAACUGCUGUUGAAAAAGAUAAACCAUUAAUUGACAAUGUUAUAUCUUCAUUGGAAUGGCUCUCCCUGAUAGAAAACCAACAAGUUGAAGCUCUUUGGUUAUGUAAUGCUAUGGUCAGGAAAUUUAUUUUCUUAGGUAACACCGAUGCAGCAUCAGCUUGUAUUGUAAAUUUAAAGAAAAUGUUUCCAAACAUUGUAAAUGAUAAGAUUACACACUCAUCAGAACUUCGAGAAUACUUGUGUUUGAAAACUUAUUUGGAGGGUCUGGAAUAUUUUGCUACAUGGUACAGGCAGUAUAUAAGUGGAAUGCCUAAGGAUGUGGAGCCUUUGUCUGCUGAUGCAAGUUUCUCUGAUAAAGUUCAUCAUGAGCAAAGGACUGCGGUUAUUAAGCAACAGAAGGCCCAAUGGAAAAAUACAGUGUACCAUCAGUCUCGUCAUGCAAAAAAAUUAUUGUAUGAUGUCCUGCUAUUUCCUGGUGGUUGGCUGCAAGAUGAAAAUGAUGGUACAUCAUCCCAAAACUUCACGGAAGAAGAAAAGCUAGAAAGAGAGAAGCAACUGGAAACUUUGAGAAAACUGUGCAUUCCUGAAGUUACUAUAUUAAUUUUAAAGAUUCUUCAAAGUGAUGAUGAUAUUAAUAAUCACAAAGAAGCAGUCAAAUUAAGUGAUUUAAUUGCCGGUGAAAAUAGAUGUUUAUACAAGGUGUUCACAAAAUCGAAACUUUUAGAACUGUUAGACAGGAUUAAAGAAUCAAGUUUAGUAUUAGUGGAGAAAGGAAGAGAUAUGUUUGGUUAUGAAUUGGAUGAAUAA